AUGGUUAACGCAUGGAAGGUUGGGGAGAUUGAUGGAAGAUAUAAUUUACUGAAGCAAGAUAUAGAUCGAGAUGGGACCAAGUUGCUGAAAAUAACUAUUCAUAUGACAGAGGCAUUACUGGUACCGCAAAGCUCAACUCUCAAAAAAUCUCUGAAGACUUACGCUGUGAAACUUGAUAGUGCUCGUAAACAACUGAAGAGCCAAGGUUUUGAUCUUCAGUCAUCUGAUAACCUCAUCAAAAUAGUUAUAGAAUUUUUGAAUAACCUCAAUUGUUAUACUAAAAACAAUUACAAAGAUUCGAAGUGUGAGAUGAGCUUACAUAAAUCUGAUAUGAAGAUCACGAUUAAAUUGGAUGCAACUAUAAAAGCGACUAUAAAUCUAGGGUUUGUUCGUUUGACAGAUGAACAAGGGUUACUGAUAUUGUUAGAGCUUUCACAUUUCUUAUCCGAGACACUAUGGUAUUGGAGUAGAGUUUGCAGCUUAAUUGAUUCUGAAAGCAAUACUAAAAAUCUUAAUAACUGCCUAAUUGAGUUAAACCGAAUAGCCGAAGCCAAGGAAUCUAACCAGAUCUAUGGAAGAGACCUGGCCAAGUUAUUUAUUAUCAGGGAGAAAUUACUUGGUAGACAAGCAAAACUUUCGGGAAUGAUAAGCACAAGAUCAAGUAAGAGUGACGAGCUACCAGGAGAAUUUAGUGAAUUCGACUCUGACGAUAUGUCUUGGCGUACCAAUAGUGUCACCCCCAUAGAAAUCUUAAGAAGUGAGGAUAUUAAUGAACUAUCCUCACAAACUGAUAAGAUACCCGCAAAGAGAGUGAGAAAAGAAGACUCCAUUAAGAUGGAGUCACGAAUUUUAGAUAGCAAUUACGAGGAAGCGGCUAUUUCUGAAUCUCCGAAAAGAAAGAAGAAGAAGUUUGGUAAGAUUGUGGUUAGCCCUACAAAAAAAUAG